CUCUCUCUCUCUCUCGCUAUCUCUCCAAUAAGUGUGUGUGUGUUUUUUUUUUUUUUUGAGGAAUAUAUAAUAUAAAUUUCUUAGAAGUUGAUUGUUAUAUAAAGAAGAGCAUAUAUAAAACUGCUGGUAAUUUGUUUCUGCUACUGAUUCCACUAAAUAUUCCAAAUGGGACGGUCACCGUGCUGCGACAAGGUUGGUUUAAAGAAAGGACCUUGGACUCCUGAAGAAGACCAGAAGCUUUUGGCUUAUAUUGAAGAACAUGGCCAUGGAAGUUGGCGUGCCUUGCCUGCAAAAGCUGGCCUACAGAGAUGUGGAAAAAGCUGCAGACUUAGAUGGACUAACUAUCUCAGACCUGAUAUUAAGAGGGGAAAGUUCAGUUUACAAGAAGAACAAACUAUUAUUCAACUCCAUGCUCUGCUUGGAAACAGGUGGUCGGCCAUAGCAACUCACUUGCCAAAGAGAACAGACAAUGAGAUCAAGAACUACUGGAACACCCAUCUCAAGAAAAGGUUAGCCAAAAUGGGUAUCGACCCUGUAACCCACAAGCCCAAGAACGAUGCUUUACUCUCCAGCGAUGGUCAAUCGAAGAAUGCAGCAAAUCUUAGCCACAUGGCUCAGUGGGAAAGUGCUCGUCUCGAAGCCGAAGCCAGACUUGUUAGAGAAUCAAAGCUACGUUCACAUAAUAAUAACAAUAAUAAUGCUUUCCCACUUGCCAAUCCUCCCGGCUAUGCUUCAUCUUCUUCAGUAGUUUCUUCUGCUGGACGUAAUAAUUCAAUGGAUCCAUUGAAAGCUCAUUGGAAUAAUAAUAGUAAUAACUGCAGUAAUAAUAAUAAUGGUGGUGGUCACCUUGAGUCUCCAACUUCUACACUUACUUUCUCCGAGACUAACGCAGUACAGCCUCCGCCUCCGCCAAUGCCUUCGAUGAUUGAGUUUGUUGGUUCUUCAGGUUCUUCUGAGACUAGUAAUGGAAUUAUUAAAGAAGAAGAUGAUCAACAAGAUUGGAAAGGAUUUGGAGAUAAUAACUCUUUGUCUUUCACUUCAGGACUUCAUCAUCAGCAUGAUCUGUCUAUGGAAGGAACAUCAUGGACUAGUCCUGAGUCGUUUAGGACAACAAGUGCUAAUAACGUGAUGAUUGAAGAGGGUUUCACUAAUCUUUUGCUUAACAACUCCGAUGACCACCACCGGAGUUUAUCGGACAACUCAGAUAAUGGUGGUGGUGGUGGUGAUGGCAGUGGAAGUGGUAGUGCUGCAGGCAGUGAUGAUCAUUACUAUGAAGAUAAUAAGAAUUACUGGAACAGCAUUCUCAAUUUGGUGAAUUCUUCUCCUCCUGAUUCUCCAAUGUUCUAAUUUAAUUUAAUUACUUUAAUUAUCUAUGAACACUAUGGAAUGUUAAUGGCAAAGGGGUUUAAGUUACAUAUAUAGACAUGUAACGUAGUGCUUUUUUAAAAUGCUUUAUUAAUCUUUGUUGUGAAAGCAACAAUUAAAACUGGUUUUUGGCAGUUUUUCUCACAACUCAACUGUUAAUACUUUUUUUCAGCCAUUUUCAUGAUCAACUUGUUCAACUUGUAGUAGCUCAUCACCAUCAACACAGUGACAAAAAAUUAUCCCACUUGUAAUCUGUUCGUAAAGAUUUGGACUUUUUGUUUAAUUUGUAUUUUGAUGAACAAGUUUUGGAGUUCUGAAGUUCAUGUCGGAGGAAGAUGGUUAUGUGAAAGAAACUGAUGAUUCUGAAGUUUUGAUUUAUUAUAGGGUAUAAGUGAAAUUCAUGACUUAUUACCCAAAAGUAAUAUUAAUUAAUUAAUUUUCUUUGUAUUAAUUAAAAAAAAAUACUUGAUAUGUACUGAUUUUGAAUGGACUUUAAUGCUGUUGGUUUGAUGUCGCAUUCUGCUUGAUUA